CGCACUUAUUCUGCCAUGCUCGCCACACUUCGGCUUCUCGCGGCGGCGACCGCGGCCUUCUCGCCAACGUACACGCCUCGCGCACGCCCGACGAUGAUGGCCGCCACGCUCACCGAGCAGCUCAUGGCGAAGCUGCCACCCAACGUGCAGACGGGUGGUGCGGGCGGCGCCACCACGUAUGACGCGCUGCUCCGGCUCGACGACGCCUGGAGCAGGCUGCGCGCCGGUGAGCUUCCGCCGGCCAAGCAGGUCGUCUUCGACGAGCCCACCGCAGCUGUGGAGACGGCAGAGUACGAUCUCGUCGUUGCUGGCGGCAACAUCGGCAUCCUGCUCGCCACCGCGCUUGUGCUGCGCGGGCUGCGGGUGGCGGUGCUCGAGGGCGGUGAUCUGCGCGGGCGCGAGCAGGACUGGAACGCGUCGCGCAAGGAGGUGAUGGAGCUCGUGGAGGCGGGCGUGCUCUCGCUCGAGGAGCUCGACGAGGUCAUCGGCAUCGAGUUCAACCCCGUGCGCUGCGGCUUCCAGGGCGGCGCCGACGUGUGGCUCAACGACGUGCUCAACGUGGGCGUCCGGCCAGAGGCGCUUGUCCGGUGCGCGCGCGCGCGCUUCGAGGCGGCCGGCGGAGUCGUGCUCGAGAGGACGCCCCUUUCGACGGUGCGCGUGCGGCCCGGCGCGGCGGUGCUCACCGCCGCCGACGGGCGCGAGGUGCGCGCGCGGCUCCUGAUCGACUGCAUGGGGCAGCGAUCGCCGAUCGUCGCGCAGGUGCGCGGCGGCGCGCCGCCCGACGGGGUGUGCGUGGUCGUCGGCUCGUGCGCAGACGGCUACCCAAAAGAGUUGAACACGUUUGGAGACGCGUUCCCGGCGAGCGCGAGCGCGACCCAGCGCACGACGUACCUCUUCACCUACAUGGGGCUCGAGCCGGAGAGGCCGUCGGUGAUGGACAUCAUGGAGGACUACUGGAGGCUGCUUCCACGCUACCAGGGCGUCGACCUCGACGACCUCACGCCGGAGCGAGUGCUGUUUGGGCUCUUCACCUCGUACAAGGACUCGCCGCUGCCCGUCCAGUUCGACCGCGUCAUGCAGAUCGGCGACGCGGGCGGGCUGCAGAGCCCGCUCUCUUUCGGCGGAUUUGGGGCUAUCACGAGGCACAUCGGACGGCUCUCUGACGCCGUGGAGAGCGCUCUCGCCGCCGACGCGCUCUCAGGCGGACUCGCCGCGGCGGCGGCCGUGUUGUAAGAGGUCUUCGAGAUCGUGAGUACGUGUAUCACCAUCACGUGUUGAUUAUGAGGUCUUGUGAGCAAGUCCUCCGUGUCUAGCGAGGUCUGAAC